AUGACAAAAUCAAAUAUCGAGAGAACACUCUUUAAGUACAAGCUAUCCUCGCUAUUUAACAAAAGCCAGGCCGAACGCUGCCAAACAAAUAGCUCUUACUUUCAACGGGCCCGAGAAGUUCGUGAAAAGUAUCUUGAUGACGCUUCGAGCCUACAUUACCGAAUCCAGCAGGAUAGAUUCCAAAACGCCGAAGCAAGCCCAAACUUCUUCAUUUCCUUCCCAACUCGCCGCUCGCAACAAAUCGCCCAGCAAACAGCCUAUAACAAGGAGGUGUCUAUACUCUCAGGCGUUGCGAAAUAUGUGGGUUUUCCAGCUGCUCCGGCGAUCCUGCCAGCGCGGCAAAAUGAGACAGAUGAAGAUUUGGCGAAGAUGGGGAUUGACCCUCGCUCGAUAAAUGCGCCCCACAGCUUUCCCCGCCCAUCCCUACCUCGCAGCACUUUUACGACCACACCAUCGACAACGGCUCGGCUCGGCGCAGCGGAGGAAUUCCUCGAACACACUCCUUGGGCAAACCCACAACAUUCUAGCCAUGAGCAAUAUCUGCAACAGCUUCAGCAGAUUAGGAUGAACGAAGAGCAACACAGGGUGGAGAAUGUAUAUGCUACCCCUGCUGCACAACAGCGCGUUGUCGAUCUACACGCGCCCAACGGGUCAGCUUCGACGAUCCCAGAUCAUGCAUCCGCGCCUAACUCGUCAGCUACAAAGACUCCGCAGGACGUUGAACAGGAUCGAAUACGCCAACCACAUCAUACCAAUAACAGGGCGCUCAUAGCGGCUAACGAGUCCCCAUUCGCUCACCGUCCCAAACCAGAUGAAGCUGAAAGAAUCUCUGGAUUUCGGUCCCAAUCAUCGUCGCCGCUAGACUUGCGGAAACCCAAUAAUCCACGGCGGCCCCAGUCGAGAACCAUCUCCGAUCAGCGAUCUCCCUCUCACGCUCAGCACCAUCGUAAUACUCCCUCGGAAGUCGGGCUUCAUCAAAGCUCCAGCGCUACCAGAGAUAACAAUUAUAAUAAUAACAACACCCACACAAACACGCGCUUGGGACUGUUUGGCGCGCCAACUCCAUCCCAACGGGACCCAUCUCCGCAACCACCGACUUCGGUUUCUGGCCCCAAUCCUGAGCUACUCAGCUCCUCAUCGUCAGGGGCAACGGCUGCCCGACAACGGUCUACGCCUCUGAACUCCAUGCACCAAGCUGCUGGUAUCACUGCAGGCGGGUCUGGGAGGAGUCGAAUGGGGGCGCGAUGA